UUCCAUUGAGUUUGAAGGUUAGUGAAAAGUCAGUCUGGAUGCCCAUCCUUUAAAGCAGAGUUGAAAUUGCUUUGAUAUCAAGCAGAAGGUAGUUUCAUAUAUAUGUGUGUUUUGGUGUGUCUAGUCUUUAUUGCUCUCCAUGUCUCUAGCUAUAAGUAAUUUGGCUCACAGAUGAGCAAACUUUCAUGGCUUCUUCUUCUUCUUCUUCUUCUUCUUCUUUUUCACCACUUCGAUGUGAAUAUGACGUGUUCUUGAGUUUUAGAGGUGAAGAUACUCGCAAAAACUUCAUCGGCCAUAUUUACACGGCUCUGAAUCAGAGGGGAAUUAGGACCUUCAAAGAUGAUGAAAGGCUUGAGAGAGGGAAAACAAUUUAUUGGGAUCUCAUGAAAAAUAUCAAUGAAUCCAGAAUUGCUGUGAUUGUCUUCUCCAGAAACUAUGCUUCUUCGUCCUGGUGCUUAGAUGAACUGGUGGAGAUCCUUGAGUGCAGGAGGACUAAGGGACAGAUAGUUUUGCCAAUCUUCUACGACGUCAAAGCAUCAGAAGUUCGGAAACAGAAGAGGAGUUUCGCAGAAGCAUUUAGAGAGCAUGAAGAAGUUCAUAAGGAGGAGAUGGAGAAGGUGCAGAGAUGGAGGGCUGCUUUGAAGGAAGCAGCAAGUAUAAGCGGGUUGGAUUUAGAAGAUGCUGCAAAUGGGUACGAGGAUAAGUUUAUCCAACGAAUUGUUCUAGAGAUUUCAGAAAAAUUGCAAAAAAUGAUAUUCAGAGUUGCUGAGUAUGAAGUGGGUAUUGAUUCACGGGCAAACAAGCUAAUCAUGUUGUUAAAUGAUGGUUUAAAGGAUAAAUUCUUUGUGGGGAUUUGUGGAAUUGGAGGAAUAGGCAAGACAACUCUUGCCAAAGCCGUUUUCAACCGAAUAUCUCAUAAAUUUGAAAGAAGUUGUUUCCUUGAAAAUGUGAGAGAAGAGUCAACAAAACUUGGUGGUCUAGCUAAACUACAACAAAAACUUCUCCGAGAGACCCUAAUGGAUAAUAAUUUAAGGAUAUCCAACUCUGACAUCGGAAUCAACGAGAUAAAGGAUAGACUUCAACAUAAAAAGGUUCUUAUAAUUCUUGAUGAUGUUUGUCAUGAGAAACAAGUAAAGAGUUUAGCUGGAAUAGGACAUGAUUGGUUUGGAUCAGGAAGUAGGAUCAUCAUAACAACUAGAGAUGAACGGUUAUUGAUGAAGUACAAUGUAAAAACAUACAAGGUUGAGCUAUUAGAUGAGAAUGAAGCACUUGAACUUUUCAGUUGGCAUGCAUUCAAGCAGAAUAAUCCAGUAGAAGAGUAUUGUGAACUUUCGUGUCGCAUAAAGGAUUAUGCCAAAGGCCUUCCAUUGGCUCUUCAAGUUUUGGGAUCUUUUUUAUGUGAAAGAAGCAUACCAGAGUGGCAAAGUGAAUUGGAUAAGUUAAAAACUGACCCUCACAAAGAAAUUCAAGAUGUUCUUAGGAUAAGUUAUGAUGGUCUUGAUACAAAAGAGAAGGCUAUAUUCCUUGAUAUUGCUUGUUUCUUCAAAGGAUGUGAUAGAAAACUUGCAAUAGAUUUUUUUGAGAGCUGUGGAUUUUACCCGGUCAUUGGAAUAAAAGUUCUCACUGAGAAGUCCCUUGUUACUAUAUCAGAAGAUAAUAAGCUCUCGAUGCAUGAUUUGAUACAAGAAAUGGGUCAACAAAUUGUUCGUUUAGAAUCCGAAGAUCCUGUUACCAAAAAAAUCGAAGCCAUUAUGCUGAAUGAGAGAGAAUUGUCUUCAGAAGGUAUUGCCUUCUUCCUGGGGGAGUUUCAUGUAAGCGCUGAUGCCUUCACAAAGAUGAGAAACCUAAGAAUACUCAAAGUCAGUGGGAUGCAGCUUCUUGGUUGUCCUACAAAUCUUUCUAAUGAGUUAAGGUAUCUUGAUUGGAAUGGCUACCCUGGAGACUAUUUGCCAUCCAAUUUUCAUCCAAAAAAACUUGUCCGACUACAUUUGCGUCAUAGCUUGAUCAAAGGAAUUUGGACAAAUACAAAAUUACUACAUAUGUUAAAAGUCCUUGAUCUCAGUUUCUGCGAAAAUCUGCCCGAAAAAAAUCCUAAUUUUUCAGGGUUCCCAUUUAUGGAGGAAUUGUAUCUAGUAGGAUGUACAAGUUUGGUCGAGGUUGAAUUUGACGACAUGAAGUUUCUGGAUCGGUUAAAAGUCAUCGAACUCGAUGAGUGUGAAAAUUUGAAGAGAACCCCUAAUUUGUCUGGGUUGCCAUGUCUGGAGAGUUUGUCUUUUGGAGGUUGUAAAAGUUUGGUUGAGAUUCACCCAUCCAUUGAGUUUCACGAGAGGCUAGUUUAUUUGUACAUUAGUGUAUGUGAAAAUCUGACGAGCCUCACCGGAAACAUUUAUCUGAAAUCUCUCAAAUCCUUUUUACUUGAUGGGUGCUCAAAACUUGAUAAGUUUCCAGAGAUCCAGGAAAAUAUGGAAUGUUUAGAGCAGCUUCGUUUGGAUGGAACUGCAAUAAAAGAUUUACCUCCAUCAAUUAAGCAUCUAAAAGGGCUCAAGGAUUUAUAUCUAAUGGACUGUAAAAUGUUGGAAAGUUUGCCAAACGAUAUCGGUGAAAUGAAGAGCUUAGAGGGUUUGUGGUUGGAAGGAAGUGGUAUAAAAGAUUUACCUCCAUCGCUAGUCAAGAACCUGAAAGGGCUUAAGAAUUUAAGUCUGACCCAAUGCAAAAUGUUUACGAGUUUGCCGAACGAUAUUGGUGAAAUGAAGGGUAGCUUAGAGACACUUCACUUGGAUGGAACUGCAAUAAAAUAUUUACCUCCAUCGCUCAAAGAUCUGACACAGCUAAAAUUUUUAGAUGUGACAGACUGCAAAGCUCUUGGAAGUUUACCGAGCAACAUUGGCGAAAUGGAGAGCUUAUGGGAUCUUAGACUGGGAGGUAGCGGUAUAAGAAAAUUACCAUCAUCCAUUGCACAGUUGACUAACCUUGAAAGAUUACAUUGGAAUAACUGCAAUUUAGAUGAAGAAUCCCUUCUCAAUCUUCCUUUGUCGUUGAGCAUUUUAAAUCUAAGCGGGAACAACUUUGCUAGCUUACCACCAAACUUCACUCAACUUACAAAGCUUGAACAGCUUGAUUUGAAUGGUUGCUUAAGACUCCAAACAUUGGAGUCACUUCCGUCGUCUAUACGUACAGUUAAUGCAGAAGGUUGCAUAUCAUUAGAACAGUAGUCCAUUCCAAGAAAUGAAGAUGAAGUCAGUUCAUAUGAUGGACAAUGGAUUUUCACAGAGAGCUGCAAAUUGGUUGAGAAUCAUGGGAACAACAAACUAAAGAUAUACUCUUCAGAAAAUAUACUUCAGGAAAUUGGUAAAAUCAUUCUUCCAGAAAGUGAGAUUCCGAGUUGGUUCAGCCAUAAAUGUGAGAGUGGUGAGGACACUACUCUAUGCUUCAAGGGUGGAUUCAAAUUAUUGCAGGAACCCCAAAGACAUUGCUGUUUGUGCCGUUAUCGGAAUCAAUCAUGAACUACAACACACAUAUACACAAACAGAAACCAUCAAGAGGUUGCAACUAGAGAAGGUUAAUUCCUACUCCAAGGUUGUCAUGAGGAGACAUUCAUUUACUGCUUGGUUGGUGACUUAUGAGCUUUGGGGCAUGUUACCUAACUAUUGAUAGUUUUGGGAAUGUUCCAUUUCAAUUCAACCAACUAUUGAUAGAUUUGGGAAUGUUCCAUUUCAAUUCAGCUUGGUUUUGGUUAAAUCCUGUCUUAAACAUGCAUACCUUCUUAAUAUCA